AGAUCAGAGAUCAUGGGCGAGUGGGGAUUCCUGUCCUCUUUGCUGGACAAGGUCCAGUCCCACUCCACCGUCAUCGGGAAGGUCUGGCUCAUCGUGCUGUUCAUCUUCAGGAUCAUGAUCCUCGGAGCCGGAGCAGAAAAGGUGUGGGGCGAUGAACAGUCGAGUAUGAUUUGUAACACCAAACAGCCUGGCUGCAAGAACGUCUGCUAUGACCAGGCCUUCCCGAUCUCACACAUCCGAUUCUGGGUCCUCCAGAUUAUCUUCGUGUCGACGCCGACGCUGAUCUACCUCGGUCACGUCCUCCACAUCAUCCACAAAGAAAACAAGAUGAGAGAACAUAUGAAGGACUCCAGCAGGGGAAACGUCAAAGAGCCAAAGUACUCUGACGACAAAGGCCACGUUAAGAUUAAAGGCGACCUGCUGGGGAACUACAUGACCUCCAUAUUUUUCAGAAUGCUUUUGGAGGUGGCGUUCAUCGUCGGGCAGUAUUAUCUGUACGGGUUCGUCAUGGACGCGAGAAUCGUCUGCACCCGAGCCCCCUGCCCCUUCACGGUGGAGUGCUACAUGUCUCGACCCACGGAGAAGACCAUCUUCAUCAUCUUCAUGCUCGUCGUGUCCUGCAUCUCUCUUCUACUCAACGUAAUGGAGAUCCUCUACCUGGUGUGUUCAUGCGCGUCCAGACGAAAGUCCAAAACAAUCCGCUCUGAAUUUAUCGCCAUUCACCCGCGUGCGAACGGCGACAGUCUGAUGAAGUGA